AUGGCUCCAACAUUACCAGUUAAUGUCUUCAAGCUUCGUGGUGAAGAAUUUUUUCAACUUGUACAAGAACAAUGUGGUGCUACUAUGGUCGAAAUUUUACGAUACCUCGAGGUGAUGUCGGCUGAUUGCCUUCUUCAUAUUGAAGAUCUUUUUGCUUUUUUCCAUUAUGAUUCACCUGACCUUCUACCCAUAAAAAAGAAAGUUGGAAUUACCCUUAAUGAUGGAAGUUUUAAAGUGAAGGUUGGUCUUUCUAUUCAAGCCAAUAACUUCAUACAAUCUUUAAAAACAUUUCAACAACAAGAAACUUUUUUUUCAUCUACUGACUUAACUAUUCCUGCUGUUCUUCUCGAUCGAUAUCCUAUUCUUCGACAAAUUGUGCCGUUUUUUGUGAAUGAUUCACCAGAACGAAGUGAUACUCGUAUUAAAUUCAAACGCACAUUAAUCAAAACUAUAAUUAUGAAUCACGAUCGAGUGAAAUGUCGUUUUUCCUACGAUUCUUCUAUACGUGAAUUUGCUUCUUGUAUCUUUAUUCUCGGUGGUCGUAACGUGUACGAAUUCAUUCAUAUCAACAUACCAGGUCUUCUUCCAAGUUUGACUGUAAUUCAGGCUUUGAUCGAUUCUAGCACAAAUAAUCUUCAAGAAGGUGAAUUUAGAUAUGAUGCUAUGUCUGAUUAUCUUUCAUCGAAGAGAUAG